AUCCUUUCCUAGGGAUUAAUUAAUCAAAUCCCUCCCAAAAAAAAAAACCACAUCUAAAUCCAAAAAUAAAAAAAAAUAAAAAAAUAAAAAAAUGGAAAAUUCACAAGCCCCAUUCCUCGAAAACCAACCGCCGGCGAAGCCGCCGAAGACGCCGCGGCAGAAGGUGGUGCGGAAGGCGUUCAAGGGGACGGCGCACCUCUCCAAACUCCUCCCCACCGGAUCCGUCCUCACGUUCCAGUUCCUGUCGCCGAUCGUCACGCACGACGGGAAAUGCCGCUCGAUCGUGAGCCAGGGCGCCACCGCCGCCGUGCUGGCGUUCUGCGCCGCCACGUGCUUCGCGAUGAGCUUCACCGACAGCUUCAGGGACGAGAGGGGCAAGGUGAGGUACGGCGUCGCCACCUUCCGCGGCCUGUGGGUGGUCGACGGCUCCGGCGGCCUCACGCCGGAGGAGGCGGCCGAUUACCGAGUGAGGCUCGUCGAUUUCGUGCACGCCUUCCUGUCGAUCGCGAUCUUCGCGGCGGUGGCGAUGUUCGACAAGAACGUGGUCGGCUGCUUCUGGCCCUCGCCGUCGGAGGAGGCGCUCGAGAUCCUCACGGCGCUGCCGGUGACGGUGGGGGUGGUGUGCGGGCUCUUCUUUGUGAUGUUUCCGACGAGGCGGCACGGCGUAGGGUUUCCUCUCUCGCGGCGGUGAUGGUGGAGAUGAAAAUUUCCUGUUGAAUUAAUCGGGGAAAUUGAUUGGGGUUUGUGCAUUUGAUUUUGAUUAAUUUUAAUCUUUGAAGGUGGAUGUGUUGUUUUUGUUAUGGAAAUGGGGUUUCAAAUGAGAAUGAAAGAGAUGGGGUUUCAUUUGACUAUA